GAUGCUUUACCUCCCUUGCUGCUGCUGCUCUCUCGCACAUUGCUCCCUCUCAUAUCAUCUCUCGAGAUCCAUCCCACUUUGCCAAAAAGCUAGUCUCUAGCACCACCACUACCACCAUCACCAACCUUGCCGUUUGGAAUUCCCAUUGAGAAUUUCCAACGGCGCUACUCUUUGUCGAGUUUCGACACUUACACCCUCACACCUACAUCUUGGACCCUCAUUCCAAUCAUCGAGACACUUACUAGGACCCGAAUUGACGCCACGAGGCCAACCUGAGCUACGUCAAUCCCUCGCCCACACAAUCCCAUCGUGGCGCCGGCCCGUUGCAAACAAAGAACACCCAUACGAGACCAGGCCCUUGAACAACAAUCCAGUCCAGCAUUCCUCUAAUUGUUUCGUCCCGGUAACCGGCGGCGCAAACAACAUCUCAUCAUGGACCCAAAUACCCCCUCGCGACCGCCCGACUACAGCCUCCCACCCUACGACGACCGCGACGACGACACUCCCACGGGACGCUCCAACAAUCCCGCCGCCAUUCGACUACUGACUUCAGUCGAGGAGCCCAUCAUGGACAGAGCACCGUACGUAACUCCCACAGCGCCUCAGCAGUCGACUUCGGCUUCAACACCAGUCAGCGGCGCCAAGGGCGCAUCGCGACCUUUUCAUUAUGCUUCUUCUUCUACUGCUGCUACUACUCCUAUUUCCGCUUCUUCCAUUCCUCGCCUUCGCCAGGUUCACGAGACACCCGAGUCGUCGCCCAGCCUCUUCCCACGCCCUCUAUCGCUGCGCAGGAAGAAGUCAGACGCUACAGACCCGGUGAUCUCUACGCCGGACCACCUCGACGCAUUGAGGCAGCAGGAGGAAGGAAAUCCAACUUCACCCUUGUCCCUAGCACCCGUCUACACACCGCGCUCAAGUGGCGUGGGCGUUGUCGACUUUGCAGACGCUCAGGGCACCUCUCGCAUACCGGUGCGGUCUUCUACUGUAAAGUUGCAGAAGAGGACCAGGCCCAACUCCACCAGAGAAUCGCAACUUCGGGACAGUCUCCCCACUAUACCGGAGGGUCCUUCGCUGCGGAAGACUCUACCGCACCAGUCCUCUAGCUGUCCUGUUCCUCCGUUGUCAGAUGGUUCUACCAAUACCAUAAGCACAAGCUCACAUGACGAGACAAAUAGGCCCCGAUCCAGCAGACGAUCCUAUGCGUCGUCCAUCUUGUCUGACCGCUCCGCGUCCAUUCGAGACCCCCCGAGCAUGCCGCCGCCCGACUCGACCUACGUUCCCUUCCAAGGCCGCGACUACGCCCGCGAGUACGAGCGCACCUACGAGCAAGAGUAUCAGGACGACUACCCGUACGAGUACCAGUCAGGACGUCAUUCACCAACGAGGACAUACAGCCCUUCGCGCCUCUCGUCAGACUUCACGAGACCACCUGCCUCGGGCAUUUACGAGCCAUCAGACCUCAAUGGCAGCCCCAGACCGGGAACUCCAUCUUCCAGAUACGGCGGUAGCCCCCGACGCCCGCUUCCGCCUGCGCCCUUGUUCUCGACUGGUGCGAACCGCAACUCUGCUGCCUUUGCCGACGACGCCACCGUUUCUAUCCCUCUUCACGAUAACGACGACGUAUUCGGACCCGAGACCGACAUCAGUGAGAGCCAGCCGAUGAGAGAAUCGUACAUGUCUCACGACCAGGUUACGCUGAGCGAGGAAGAUACAGAGACCGACAUCAAUGAGAAGGUAGAGCAUUACGGCCCGGCUCCGGAUGGAAUGCAAGAGCGCCGAGGUGUUCGCGCACCUCAGAUGUCGAGAAAGGAGGUCCAGCUUAUCAACGGAGAGCUGGUCUUGGAGUGCAAAAUUCCCACGAUUCUUUACAGCUUCUUGCCUCGCCGCGACGAGGUCGAGUUCACCCACAUGAGAUACACAGCCGUCACCUGCGACCCCGAUGACUUUGUCGAACGCGGAUACAAACUCCGCCAGUCCAUUGGCAAGACUGCUCGCGAGACGGAACUGUUCAUCUGUGUCACCAUGUACAACGAAGACGAGUUUGGCUUCACGAGAACCAUGUACGCCGUCAUGAAGAACAUCUCCCACUUCUGCGCCCGUUCAAAAUCGCGCACGUGGGGUGACAAUGGUUGGCAAAAGAUUGUCGUCUGCAUUGUGUCUGACGGCAGAGAAAAGAUUCAUCCUCGCACGCUCGACGCGUUGGCGGCAAUGGGUGUCUACCAGCACGGCAUCGCCAAGAACUACGUCAACCAGAAGGCAGUGCAGGCCCACGUCUACGAGUACACAACACAAGUCUCGCUCGAUUCCGAUCUGAAGUUCAAAGGUGCCGAAAAGGGUAUCGUGCCCUGCCAGCUGAUCUUCUGUCUGAAGGAGAAGAACCAGAGGAAGCUCAACUCCCACCGUUGGUUCUUCAAUGCUUUCGGCAAGGCUCUUAACCCCAACGUGUGCAUCUUGCUCGAUGUCGGUACCAGACCCGGCGGUACAUCCCUUUACCACCUCUGGAAGGCUUUUGACAACGACUCCAACGUUGCCGGUGCUUGCGGAGAGAUCAAGGCCAUGAAGGGCAAGUUUGGAGUGAACCUCCUGAACCCCCUUGUCGCGUCUCAGAACUUCGAGUACAAGAUGUCCAACAUUCUCGACAAACCUCUUGAAUCAAUCUUCGGGUACAUUACCGUCUUGCCCGGUGCGCUCAGUGCCUACCGAUACCACGCUUUGCAGAACGACGAGACGGGCCACGGUCCUCUCAGUCAGUACUUCAAGGGAGAGACACUGCACGGUCAGCAUGCAGACGUGUUCACGGCAAACAUGUACCUCGCCGAGGAUCGUAUCCUCUGCUGGGAGCUUGUCGCCAAGCGCGGCGAGAGUUGGGUCUUGAAGUAUGUGAAGGGAUGCCACGGUGAAACUGAUGUGCCAGAUACUGUUCCAGAGUUUAUCUCGCAGAGACGUCGUUGGCUAAACGGUGCCUUCUUCGCUGCUGUGUACUCGCUCGUUCACUUCAAGCAAAUUUGGUACACUGAUCACACCAUCACUCGCAAGAUCCUCCUUCACAUCGAAUUCAUCUACCAGUUCCUGCAGCUCAUCUUCACCUACUUCUCCCUGGCAAACUUCUACCUGACCUUCUACUUCGUCGCAGGCGGUCUAGGCGAUCCCCUGGUAGAUCCCUUCGGUCACAAUAUUGGUCAAUACAUCUUCACGGUCCUACGAUACACAUGUGUCUUGCUCAUCUGCGCGCAAUUCAUCCUAUCGCUAGGUAAUCGGCCGCAGGGAGCAAAGAAACUGUACCUCUUUAGUAUCGUCGUGUAUUGCAUCAUCAUGAUCUACACGACGUUCGCCACCUUCUACAUCGUCAUCCGUCAGCUAAAGGAGAAGGACAAUCCGGAGAUUCACAUGGGCGAAAACGUCUUCACCAACUUCAUCGUCUCGAUUCUCUCGACUAUCGGCUUGUACUUCGUCAUGUCCUUCUUGUACCUGGAUCCCUGGCACUUGUUCACCAGUGCGGCUCAGUACUUCAUGCUUCUGCCUGCGUACAUCUGCACUCUGCAAGUAUACGCCUUCUGCAACACGCACGACGUUACCUGGGGUACCAAGGGAGACAACGUUAUGAAGACUGAUCUGGGUGGCGCCAUCGGAAAGGGCAACAGUGUCGAGCUUGAGAUGCCAUCCGAGCAGCUUGAUAUCGACUCGGGCUACGACGAGGCGCUUCGCAACCUCCGCGAUCGCGUCGAGGUUGCCCCUUCGCCCAUCUCCGAGGCGCAGCUGCAGGAAGACUACUAUAAGAGCGUGCGUACCUACAUGGUGCUCUCGUGGCUUAUCUGCAACGCCAUUCUCGCCAUGGCCGUGUCUGAGGCGUAUAGCGAACGCGGCAUUGGUGAAAACUACUACCUUGCCUUCAUUCUCUGGUCCGUGGCGAUUCUGGCUCUCUUCCGCGCCAUCGGCUCUACCACGUUUGCUGUCCUCAAUGUCAUCAGCAUGAUUGUCGACGGCCAGGUGCGCAUGAGUCUCAAGGUGCCCAAGUGGAUGGGCGGAUUCGGCGAAAAGGUCAGCGAGAAGAUGAGCAGCGUGUCGAGUAGUGUGGGAAGCAGCGUCGGCGGAAGCAAACUCAGCAGUGUGUUCAAGCGUUGAUUCGCAUUCAAUCACCAAUGGUGCCGAUUGUCGGCGCUUGCUUCUUGCAAUCUUGCUUUUGCUUCAUAGACACAGCGAUGGCCUUCCUUCUGCUAUUCCUUGACGACUGUCACGAGUUGACUUGCAGCUUUUUUGAGGCGUUUUAUGGGUCGACGUUUUGCUUGUAUUCUCCUUCAUCUCCUAUUGCGAAAAAAGUUGCAAGGAGGUAAGUUUGGGGAUUCGUUGAUUGGUUUUUGUUCUUCAGAGAUAUCACAUGGGUUUUUGUGUUUUUUGCGUCCUAACGAGACGAAAUGGGAUGAGAGCUGAGGAAAUGCUUUUUGCUGUAAUGAAUGCUUGAUGGAAUGUCGUGUACGUAUUGGAUCCCAAUGUUCAGAGGUUGGGAAAAAUGAAGCAAUGGAGGGGAUGUCGAUGCAGGAUAUGUCGUAAGCGACGUGAGCAUGAAGGAAUGGUAAAGGAAAGAUUGAAAGAGUCAUGUGUAAAUAGAUGAGAAUUAGCACGAACCAA